CGGAGGAGGAUCCUAGGGCGGGUUUCCGCUUCCCUCCUGGGCACUGGGUGAGGCAGUGAGGCCGAGGCUCGCAGAGGCAGCGCCGCUAUGUGGCCCCCGGACGCAGAGCCGGAGCCCGAUCCGGAGUCCCCGGACCGCCACCGCCCCCAAAGUGGCAGGACAGUGCCGGCGCUCCGCGCCCUGUUGCCGGCGCGCGCCUUCCUCUGCUCGCUCAAAGGCCGCCUCCUGCUGGCAGAGUCGGGUCUUUCUUUCAUUACCUUCAUCUGCUAUGUGGUAUCCUCAGCAUCUGCCUUCCUCACGGUACCUCUGCUAGAGUUUCUGUUGGCUGUUUACUUCCUCUUUGCUGAUGCCAUGCAGCUGAAUGACAAAUGGCAGGGCCUGUGCUGGCCCAUGAUGGAUUUCCUGCGCUGUGUCACUGCUGCCCUCAUCUACUUCGUCAUCUCCAUCACUGCUGUUGCCAAAUACUCAGAUGGGGCUUACAAAGCAGCUGGAGUUUUUGGCUUUUUUGCCACAAUUGUGUUUGCAAUUGACUUCUACCUGAUAUUCAAUGAAGUGGCCAAAUUCCUCAAGCAAGGAGACUCUGCAAACGAGACCACAGCCCACAGGACAGAAGAAGAAGAUAAUUCCAAUUCGGACUCGGACUCGGACUGAAGGCCUAUCUGCACCUGGCAACUGGAGCCACUCAGGCCUCCCACCCAUACCGUCCUGGUGGGACUACAGGGGCACAGCAGUGGAUGUGAUUGCCCACAUAAGAGCCAGUCUCUCGAGGUGACACUCCUGAGCCUCAGACUCAAAAUUGGCUGUGCUGGCUUUAGUGCUGCUGAGCCAGCACAUUAGGGCACUCUGAAUAUCCUACCUUCUCCCGUUUCCGUCCUAAAGAAGACCUUGAGUCUUUUAGCCUCACUGCCCCACAGGCACAUCAACUGGAGGCAGUCACUGCAGUGCAUGUAGCUGUCUUUCACUAACCAGGAAAGACAGAAACCACAGCAGGCUGACCCAGCCAGCCUCAAUGGGCUCUGCAUGGAGUGCUCCUAUUCACACCUGCACUUUGUUAACUUUCAGGAAUCUUUGUUCAAGAAGUUUUCCUUCUCACUGUGAAACGGGGGAAAAAAAAAAAAAAACCUAACUAGCCAAGUCCUCCAUUGUAGGUCUGAGACCUUUUCAGAAAAGAGCCCAAAGGCCUGUUUACCAGGGCCGACAGGGAGCCAACCAGUGCAGGGGCAGUCACAAGUGGCUGGGCAGGCCCAGUCAAGCCCUCUCCUCCUGGGGACGCUGCAAGAUAAAGUGUUUCCUCUGAACACCUGGGCAGGUCCACUGGUAACGUGGGCCUUCACUUGGUCGCUGAUACUGUGUAUGUUGUUGAUGUUUUCUAACAUUUUGUAAUUUUUUUUUAUUCAAAAGCAAUGUAACAUGGCAUUUUCUGUGAUCCACAAGGCCCCAUGAAUGUCUUGGGCCCAUGUCUUGGGCAUUUGUAAUCUUCUUCCUACCUUGCAUGUGAAUCCUCUCCCUAAAAUAAUGCCACAGUGGAUUAAAACAAA